AUGCUCGCGGGCGUGACGGCCUCCACUGCAACCGGACUUUGGACUUCGCAAGCCAAGGCACAACCCAAGCGUGGUGGAACGUUCCGCUACGGCGUACACGACGGCAACACGAGCGAUAACCACGAUCCAGGCACCUAUCAGAGUGUCUAUUCCAUUCAGCUGGCGCACACGCAUCGCAGCUAUCUAACCGAAAUUACGGAAGAAAACGGCCUUGGUCCCGAUAUGGCGACCGGUUGGGAAGCAAGCCCGGAUGCCAAAGUCUGGACGUUCGAGCUCAAUACCGAUGCCGUAUUCCACGAUGGGCGUAAGUUUACCGCGAAUGACGCCGUUGCUUCGUUGAAUCACCACCGCGGCGAGAAAUCGACAUCGGCCGCCAAGGCUCUCCUCGAUAGUGUCGUCGACAUCAAGGUAGAUGGUGACAAGCACAUCGUGAUCGAGCUCGACCAGGGCUUUGCCGAUCUGCCGUGGAUCAUGACCGACUACCAUCUCGUCAUGCUGCCGGCAAAGGAUGAUGGUUCGGUGGACUGGGAAAGCGGUGUCGGCGCCGGCCCCUACAAGAUCGAGCAGAACGAAUUCGGCAUUGGCACGACCCUUGUCCGUCACGACGGCUGGCACCGCGAGGGAGCGUGGUUCGACCGGAUUGACAUGACGGUCCUGAACGAUCCGAACGCCCGCCAGACCGCACUUGUAACCGGUGAUGUGGAUGCGAUUUCAUCCGUGGACCUGAAGACCAUGGCGCUGUUACAGCGUCAUCCGGAUGUUGAACUCGACAACAUUCCUUCGGGAUCGGCAAUCACACUGCCAAUGUUCUGCGAUGUUGCACCGUUCGACAAUGUCGACGUACGCAUGGCGCUGAAACUGGCGAUCGACCGCGAGGAAAUCGUCGAGAAGAUCGUUUUCGGCACCGGCACCCCGGGCAACGAUUUCCACGUCUCGCCGAACAUGCCUUACUUCCCGGCAGAUAUUCCACAGCGCACAUACGAUCCUGAAAAGGCCAAAUGGCACCUGAAGCAGGCUGGUGUGGACAAUCUUUCGGUCAGCCUGUCCGCUGCGGACAGCGUGCUGCCGGGCGCAGUGGACAUGAUCGUGCUCUACUCCGAGCAGGCGAAAAAGGCCGGCAUCGACAUCAAGCCGGUUCGUGAGGCAAACGACGGCUACUGGUCGGAUGUCUGGCUCAAGAAGCCCUGGGUGUUCGUCAAGUGGGGUGCGCGCCCGACACCGGACAACAUGUUCACGCUCGCCUACAAGGACGACGCUGCCUGGAACGAAGCGCACUGGAAGAAUGCGCGCUUCAACGAACUGCUGCUUCAGGCCAAGGCGGAGCUCGACGAAACAAGGCGGGGCGAGAUGUAUCACGAAAUGUGCACGCUCGCGCGUGACGACGGCGGCACAAUCAUCCCGAUGUUCGUCAACUUCGUCUACGCUCGCCGCAAGAACGUCAAGCACGGCCCGAGUGUUGCCUCGUCCUGGGAGACGGACGGCGCACGGGGAACACACCGCUGGUGGUUCGAAGGCUGA